AUGACAAAAGAAGAAGCUGAUGCAGCUAAAGCUCGUGGAAAUGAAGCUUAUCUUAAGAAAGAUUUUGAAACAGCUCAUUCCUGUUAUGAUGAAGCUAUUAAAUUAGACCCAACGAAUAUGACAUACAUGACAAAUAAAGCAGCUGUUUAUUUUGAACAGGGCGAAUAUGAUAAAUGCAUUGAAACAUGUAAGAAUGCUGUUGAAGUUGGGCGUGAAAAUCGUGCUGAAUACAAAUUUUUGGCUAAGGCUAUGGCACGUUGUGGAAAUGCAUACUGGAAACAAAAUAAUCUCAAUGAAGCUUUGGUUUGGAUUGAAAAAUCAUUGUCUGAAUAUCGUGAUCCUGAACUGGUAAAAAAGCAAAAGGCUCUUAAGAAGGAAAUUGAGGAGGCUGCACGUAAAGCUUACAUCAAUCCUGAAAUUGCUGAAGAAGAAAAAGCUAAGGGAAAUGAUUUGUUUAAGAAAGGAGAUUACCCUGGAGCUGUCAAAAAUUAUAGUGAAGCUAUCAAAAGAAAUCCUGAUAAUGCUGUAUACUACUCAAAUCGUGCAGCAUGUUUCUUAAAAUUGAUGGAAUUCAAGAGAGCAGUUGAUGAUUGUGAUGCUGCUAUUAAGAUUGAUCCUAAAAGUGUCAAGGCAUUUGUUCGUAAAGGAGCAGCUUAUUAUGGUAUGAAAAAUAUUUCAAGUGCUCGUAAAGCUUAUCAAGAUGCUUUACUUAUUGAUUCAAAUAAUGCUGAAGCUAAGGAAGGGUUAAGGAAAUGUUACAACACUGCUCCACCAACAGAUCCAGAGGAGGUAAGAAAGAGAGCAAUGGCUGAUCCUGAAGUUCAAAAUAUUCUUUCGGAUCCUGCAAUGCAAAUGAUUCUAGAACAAAUGUCAAAGGAUCCAAAUGCAGCGAAAGAACAUAUGCAAAAUCCAGAGAUAAUGGCUAAAGUUAUGAAAUUAAUGGAAGCUGGUGUCGUUGGAACAAGAUAA